AGCCGGUGUGCUAUGACUCAGAGGGGAGCAGCUGGAGUGAAGGCUCCAGUGGCGGCAGUGAGCUGUCACCAUCUGGAGGAGUACAUGUCUCCCUGCCUCCUCAGCCAGCAACAUAAAUCACCUCCCAACAACUGGGUGUCAGAGGAUCAACAUGUUUCUUUGUGACAUCUGUUUUUUUGUUGUUGUUGUUCUUUUUUUUUUUGUACUCACGUGAAUGUACCGUAUCCACGGAUACAGCAUCCCGAACGUGAUGCUGUCCUCGGCCAAAUCCUGCUGCAGCCUGCCAUUGUUUUCUCCCGUCCGGGUGGUGGACGGUGGUCCGGCACCGGAUCAGAGGAGCUUUGAUCAAGCUUUGAGGGGCCGUCUCAUCUGAUAACCCGCACCAUUUGUUUGCCGUUUGACAGCUGCACCUGUGCUCAGGGCGCCGUGGGAGACACGUGGGAUGGAGGGGGACGGCAGAAGUGUUUGGGAGAGAAGCGUCAGUGUUAUCGGCCCUGUCAAACUCCACUCCUGCGGACUGGGUGGAUGUGUCAGAUCACGUCCCGCGUGUUUGGACACGCUGGUGAUGGAGACGUGGGGUCUGUGAGAAAGGCUCAGGGGAAUGUUUGUUUUCACUGAUAAGUCUGAUGUCAGCUUGUCACAAAGGCCUUUCUUCAACAAAGCAGGUUUGUGACCAACGAGAGCACAAAUACAGGGUCAACACAGGUAGAGCGCUCUGUAACUCUUCAGGCCAGACUUAGCUGGUCUCCUUUGGGAUACUAACACACAUGAAGGCUCCCGGUGGUCAACCCCUAUAAACACAUGAGAGGGAAGGAACACAGACAAACCAUGAAAAAGAUAUAUAUUGGCAAAACCGCCUUAAAAGUGCCCCGAAACGGCGGCAAACAUCCGAAAAAGAGCUCACUGCUGGAGCAGAAGGAGGACUUAAGGAAGAGGCUUUCCUACACGACGCACAAGCUGGAGCUGCUGCAGAGCGAGUUCGACUCCACGCGGCAGUACCUGGAGACGGAGCUGCGCCGGGCACAGGAGGAGCUGGACAAGUUUACUGAUAAGCUGCGCAGAAUACAAAGCAGCUACUCAGCACUGCAGAGGAUCAACCAAGAUCUGGAGGAGAAGAUCCACAGGGAUUCUCAGCAUCAUGACGACGAGAAGAGGGCGCUGAGCAGAGAGAUCAUCGUUCUCAACAACCACCUGAUGGAGGCCAAACUCACCAUCGAGAAACUGCAGGAAGACAAUGACCUGUACAGGAAGGACUGUAACCUGGCCGCCCAGCUGCUGCAGUGCAACAAGUCUCUGUACAUGGCUCAGCUCGCCGAGCUGCCCGCUGAGUUGCAGGAGCGACUGGCCAUGCACUUGGAGGAGUCUCCUCUCUGUCAGGCGUACUCUGACACCGUCCCGGCCUCUCUCAUCGCCAAAGUGCUCGAGAAGCCCGACGAGGCCUGCAGCAGCAGCCAGGCCUCCCGCUCGCCCAGCCCCCAAACCCAGGACCACGCUUUUAUCUUGGAGCGCGUGGGUCCAGGACAGCGGCUGGGGCUCCGUGCAGCCUACAAAUCUGACCUGUACAGCAGCGACACAGCCCUGUACUGCCCCGAUGACCGGCACCGCGAGAGGAGGCCCAGCAUGGACCUCCACGGUCAGAGAAAGCUGCUGUACGGGCCCCAAAACUCCACAGACAGCAACCCAGAGGAGGGCUCGGUGGGGUUGAGGGCCGGCUUCUCCCAGGAGCACUUUGCUAAGUUUCCUGCCACGCUGGGAGCAGGCUCAAGCUCCUACUCCAGCUUCAGUGGAGGGGGCUCUGAGGACAAAGGCAACGGCCCGCCCAGCAGUGCUGCUUCAUCCCCACGCCACCAUUCCCUCUACAUGGACUGGAGAGAUGCAGGGGACUAUGAGAGAAAGAGUGACUCAUCCUGGGAGAGGGACAGUCCAAGAGGCUUUGCCAACGCUCAUCCCUUCCAGCAGACGGAGCUCAGCCACCACCAGAACGGCAGCUCGCCUGUCUACAGCCGCACCAUGUCCUCCUGUUUCAGUGAGCCCUACGAGCCGCUCCCUCCCUCUUCAUCCCCGAGUGUUGCCUACGGAGACAGUCGUCGAGGCAGCACACUAGCCCCCGAGGAGGAGGAGCUGAUCGGCCGGUGGAGACAACUUAGCGUAGAGGACUUAAGUGCCCACAGCUACCGCAGCCCGGGCCGAGCCUCACCUUACAGCUUCUCAGAGCAGCACUUCUCCGUCCGGCCUGCCAAGAUCCGACUCGGGCCGCUCUACAGCAGCUUCCAGGAGGGGGCUGACUAUUACCAUCAGGCAGCGGGUGUCAUGGACCCAGUGUGGGUAGCUGGCAGCCCAAGCCCUGAAUGCAGCCCAGGACCGCAUCAGGCUCACAGCCAAGCCCACAUGUAUCGAGCCGAGGACAGCCAGGGGUCAGAGCACAGCCUCUACCACUCAGGGAGCUCCAAAGAAAGGGAGGGUAACGUGGCAGCUGGCGGCCAGAGCACGGAUUAUGUAGACCCGAGCCCCAACAGCUCCACCGAGUCUCUGAACCAGAGGACCCUGGAGAUGGCUGCAGAGCUGCAGCACUACCAAGUGGAAAUGCACAGCCUGCCUGCACAGGUGAGCACAUCGCCACCGCCGGCUCCACCCCCUCCUCCUCCGUACAACCAAAAAUUUGGCUCCCUGGGACUUUCCAGGAAGGACAGUCUGACCAAGGCUCAGCUUUACGGAACACUUCUGAACUGAAAGCCUUUACAUUCAGGUUUAAUCUUUGACAGGAUGCUGGGACCUGCUGUGUCCGGCCACACCUUCUGUUAGCGCGAUCAUUUUGAUAAAAAUGGUUUGAAUAGAAGCCCAGGAGCCAAAUAAUACAGUAUCAUGAACGUGUAACUAUAUUGCUGAUCAUUUACAAAGCUUUGAUUGUAUGACAGUGGGUGGAAACAGUUUACUCUACAGUUGUUUUGAGCAAGUAAGUCAUGUUGAAAGAGUUGGAUGUGGGGAGAGGAGCUCAAGCAGCUCAUAAAAUUUGUAAAAAAAAAAUGUAUGUAUUGAAAUUACAAAUGUAUAAAUAUAUACUUAUAACUAAAAUUUGAGUGAUAUAUUUUGUAUGUAGCUGUUGGCAAGAAUACAUCCGAAACAAUCAAACUAAAUGCAAAUCUUCUUGAUAAACCUGGAACUUGUACAUAAGUUAAAAAACUGCCAAUCCUAUAUUUGAGACAACUCUGAGAGGUAUUUUAAUUGAGAAUUAAUGCCCAUAUAAACUGCACAUAGAUCUGUUUCAGUUGUUAUUUUUACUAAGACAGAAACAAUGUUGGCCUGGUGAGGAUUUAAAUAUGAAUGUUGAACAUGGGAAGACAACAAAAACAAAUGAAUCACUUUAAAUGAAUUAUGAGAAACUUAAAACUUGUUUUCCUUCUGUUGAUUGAAUUUGACAGUAUCGAUGGGUGUGUUAUAUUGUUAUUGAUGGAACGUUUUGAGAUCUGUCUUAGCAUUCAGUAUUAUUAUUUUAUUUUCUGCUCUUCUAUAUCCCAACAGAGAGGUUUGUUUUCCUGCCCCCCAUUCUACCUCAGAUUUGGAUGCCCACAACCCAUCGCACCACUGUAACUUUGUUUCUUUGACAACAAUGCAUGUUUAUAUAUUUUGGUUGUUUUGUUCGCCUAAUAAAGCACAAAUUAUACAUAUAAGCUGCAGGCUUCCCUUUAAUUCAGGUAUGGGGAUCUUAAAUGUGGAUGGUUGUAUGGUAACACUUUAUGGAUAAUGUACACAAAAGUAGUGGUUACUGAGGAGUGAGUGAGAGCUGAUAAUUAAUUACUCAUUAAUGAGUAAUUCCUGAAUAACUGAUUAGAGGAGAGUAGAUGAGUUACAAUGGAAUAGACAGGGAGGUACUAUAUUAAU